GCUUCCCCGUGCGCUCUCGUCGUCUUCGCGAGGUCGAACCCCCAACCCCAACCCCAAGGCGAGGUGACGAAACCCUCCUCCCCACGGAGUCAGCCCACGCGAGGAGGGUGAGUGUGCGGACUGAGGCGGCGUCGGGCGAGAUGAAGCUUAACGUCAAGACCCUCAAGGGCACCAACUUCGAGAUCGAGGCGAGCCCGGAUGCGUCGGUUGCUGAGGUGAAGAGGAUCAUCGAGACCACUCAGGGUCAGAGUACCUACCCGGCAGACCAGCAAAUGCUCAUAUACCAAGGGAAAAUUCUCAAGGAUGAGACCACUUUGGAAGGCAACGGAGUUGCUGAGAACAGCUUCCUUGUUAUAAUGUUGUCCAAGGCUAAGGCAUCGUCGAGUGGAGCUUCUACCGCUACUGCUGCAAAAGCUCCUGCAACUCCGGCCCAACCUGCUGCACCUGUAGCCCCUGUGGCCCCUGCUACAUCAGUUGCAAGAGCACCUACACAAGCUCCUGUUGCCACAGCUGAAACGACACCUCCAAGUGCACAGCCUCAGGCUGCUCCUGCUGCUACGGUUGCUGCAUCUGGUGAUGCUGAUGUGUACAGUCAGGCAGCUUCAAACCUUGUAUCUGGCAACAAUCUAGAACAGACUAUCCAACAAAUUCUUGACAUGGGUGGUGGUACUUGGGAACGUGAUACAGUUGUCCGUGCUCUACGUGCUGCAUAUAAUAACCCUGAGAGAGCUAUAGACUACCUAUAUUCUGGAAUUCCUGAGAAUGUGGAGGCUCCUCCUGUUGCCCGAGCACCUGCUGCUGGCCAACAAACAAAUCAGCAGGCUCCAUCGCCUGCUCAGCCAGCAGUUGCACCUCCAGUGCAGCCAUCCGCUGCCUCUGCAGGGCCUAAUGCAAAUCCUCUGAACCUUUUUCCUCAGGGUGUUCCAAGUGGUGGGGCCAAUCCAGGUGUUGUUCCAGGUGCAGGAUCUGGUGCCCUUGAUGCCUUGCGACAGCUUCCACAGUUUCAAGCACUGCUUCAGUUGGUCCAGGCUAAUCCUCAAAUCUUACAGCCAAUGCUUCAAGAGCUAGGCAAACAAAACCCACAAAUACUGCGGUUGAUUCAGGAAAAUCAAGCUGAGUUCCUCCGCUUGGUGAAUGAAACUCCUGAGGGUGGUCCUGGAGGAAACAUACUAGGUCAACUGGCAGCUGCUAUGCCUCAAACGCUGACGGUUACACCAGAGGAACGGGAGGCAAUCCAGCGGCUUGAGGGGAUGGGGUUCAACCGUGAGCUUGUGCUAGAAGUUUUCUUUGCAUGCAACAAGGACGAAGAGCUUGCGGCCAACUACCUUCUGGAUCAUGGCCAUGAGUUUGACGAGCAGCAGCAAUAGACUUUAGUUGUGUGGUAUGGUGGGCUGGAGGAGGACACCGAGGCAGUUGCAGAACAGCAGAGUGUCGUUCUUAUGUCCUCCGCCUGAUGAGAGAUACUUGGUCGUCUAUGCUAUGCUGCUGACUAUCUUUUAUUUCCAUAUAUGUGUUCGGAAUGCUUUCUAAGUACAUAUUCAUUCAAUAUCAAGUGUUACACCGUGUAUGAUAGCCUAUCAAAUCGUGUUAUUUGAUUUGGGGGAAGUGUUAGAUUUCUCAA